GCAAAGCAUCAAUUUUUUUAAAUACUAAACAGCUGCUGUUUGCAAGUAUUGGGAUUUCUCAACUUGGCUACAUGCUACUGCUGCAGUAUCCCCUAGCCUCUUGUGCCAGUUUUUUUUUCCUCUGGUGUAGAACAAAAGUGUUACUUGCUGUUGAAAUACUUUUAAAAAAAAGUUCACCUUGCGGUGAAAUGUUUAGAAGUGGAUUAGUAAUAUUUAACUCUGUAGUAUCUGAAGAUCAUUAUCGUGUAAGAACUUGAGCAUAUUUCAGUUUUUGCUCCCAUGCAUGGAGAAACUUAAGGAGAUAGARGGUUAAAAAUAAAAAGGGAUGAAUUGAGACACAGCCUUUAGAGAGAUGAUGGGGAAAAACAAAUUGUAUUGAUUUUUCUUGCCUCUCCCCCUUUCUAUCGAAUGUCUUUUGAUCAAGGACAAAUAAAUCUGUAAGAAAACUUGGGAAAAAUUGCACAGCUGUAUCUGAGUCAGUCUGAGACUGUAUGAGGUACAUUUUUUACAACUAUGCUUCAUAAUUUUAAAAGAUGAGGUGUGUAUUGUGGUGGGAGCUCUCAAAUUAACAUUGAUGGUCUAUGUAAAGGGUUUGCAUGGGUGAAUGUUCAGCGGCUUUUAAAACUACCUACUCUUUCUGUAAUAUAUUGUUACACUUUCACUGAACAUUAGCAAAAGAGAUUUUCUUCCCUUGCAACUCCUUUCUCCAUUCUUAAAACUUMAGUUGCUAAAGGGCACUGUGAUGUUGUUUUACUUUCAUUGCUUUGUAUUUUGAUGAUGAUGACCACAGUGAUGUGUGGAAUUUAUUUUCACAGCAUUUCAUGAACAGUGACACUUUCAUUUGUUAAUGUAUCUCAUCACUGCAAUAUUAUUAUUUUGCAUAAUUGUUCUAAUUUAUUCAAGGGGCCUGACAUCUUAYGGUCUUUUAAGUAUGUGCCCCUGGGACUUGAGUGUGUUGCCAUAUGGUGAGAUAGUGCUGUAUGACAACCUUUCAGCAACAGAAGAAUUCAGCAGUGAAAUAAAUAUGAUAAUUAUAAGUGUUCAGUGAGAUCCUACACUUAGCACUUUGUCUUUUUCCCCUUGGUGCCAAGGUGASUGCUUGUAGACCAACCAGGUUGAAACAGGUGAUCAAGUAAAGAAUCGGGUAUGUUAGAAAUGUGCUGAUGAUUUUUAGUUGUCUUGUGUGUCUAACUUCACUUUCAAGUGAGAAUUCAGUUUGACUUCUGAAGUCUGUAGGGGUGUUUCUUGCUCUGAGAUUGUAACUGGGCAACAGUGAUUUAUAGAAAAAUCUAGGUUUAAUGUGGGACUAAAAAAGAGUGAGUAGGAAUGAGAAAUUUGGAAAKAUAACACUAAACAAAAAAAGAAAAAAGUUCCAGUUUAGACCUGAGUGCUAAGAAAAUGUGAUCAUUCAGAUGGAACCAAAGUGUAGGCUUUUCAGCAGCAAAACUAAAAAAAWUAUUUAUGGUAGCUUAAAUACGUAACAUGCUUUCUGUCGAGUUCUUCUUUUWCAGUGAUUUACCUCCCAGGCUGGCAUCCCAGUGUUUCACGGAAAAUGAGUUUGAAGGUGUUACUUCUGGUUCCCAAUGGAACCAGUUCAAUCCAGCAAGUUUUGUUACCUUUCUGCACCCCAUCCACAAUGUUGGGGAAGUCUAUUCAAGACUGCUGGAUCACAGACCAGUAAUUCAGGGAGAAAUACGUUACUUUGUUAAAGAAUUUGAAGAAAAACGUGGCCUCCGAGAACUGCGAGUACUUGAAAAUCUAAAGAACACAAUCUUUGAAACGAAUGAACGCAUUCUUCCRAAGUGUGAGCAGGCAAUGCAAGACAAUUUGAGUGAAACCUUCAAGAGAUUGCAAGCUGCCAACGCUAUGAUCCAUAGACUCCAAGAGAGGGAGUAUGAARCAAGAAAGCUUCAGGCAGACAAGGUGACGGCUCGUGAAGAGAAGUGCAUYGCCCACUGGGAGGAGUUCAUGAAAGAACAGCAGAACAAACGUGCAGAAGUGGACGAAGAGCACAGAAAAGCCAUAGAGCGCCUCAAAGAGCAGUAUUCUGAGAUGGAGAAGGAGCUGGCCAAAUCUGUUUCUUUUUAAGAGCUUUUUUAAUAAUGCUGGAUUUGUGCCAUGCUCAGUUGCUUCUGACUUAAGUUGAAGUUCUUUUGGAAAGCUGAAACUGAUAGCAAAAAGGAGAAUUUCCUCCACAGGYUUGGUAUGGGAAGAAAAGGUUUGCAUAUUUUCAACUUAAGUGCCUAUCUAUGCUUGUUUGGUUCAGGGCAGGUGGAAUGCCAGUAUUUCUUUGUUUGUUGGAAGGUGGAAAUGAAAAUUCUGUGACUGCAUCAGCUCAGGGAGUUGCAAACUGGAGCUCUUUCCCAUUGGCAGAGUAUCAUAUCAUUUGGGAAAACAGAGACUAAUGUAGUGCUAACUAUCCCAGUGUGCAGCCACAGCCCUUUCCCCAAAAGGAGGUUAGCAGGUUCCAGCCAUAGUUAGCUGAGAAUUCACUGGGAAAAGUAUAUUAUGCUUGAAAAUUUCAAGAAAAUAAAACUUGUCUUGAGGAAUAUUUUACUUUGAAGUCUUACUGGUGAAAGAUCUCAACAGUUUUAAACCAAAUUUUAAUUAAACUUUUGGGUUGUAUGUUCAGUAUUAUGAAGUAGAGUUACAAUCUGAAUGGGUUUUUGUUAACAUAAAAAUGGUAAAGUAGGUUUGGUCAACAAUUCCUACAUUUUUUUCUCCUUGUAAAUUUCUCAGGACUCUCUUUUUAAGCUUUAUUGUUUUAAGCAAAGCCAAAACAAGCUAAAAAGUAAUCACRAGAAGCAUAUCAGUCUUUGUAUUAGCUUUGUAGCUAGUACAAUUUCACCUUAAAUAUUUGGCAUGCGGUUGGUUUACUUAGGAUAAGCCUGUCAGAACUCCAUGAAGCAAUUGAGGUAAGAUUCUURUUUCCUUAUCAGCAUAACAAAUGAGCAGAUUAGUGGUAAAAUGCCUGUAGUACUGAUCUGCUUUCUUACUAACUUACUCUUAGAGUUUAUGUGAAACUCCUGCACUGCUCUAUGUUAUUCCAAACUUGCAGUUACCAGCAGCGUAACUGAAGAAGUUAACUUAAUCAGUUCAUUAACCAAGGAAAGUGAGACGUGGUACCUUAAUGAAAUUUGCUGCAAGCUAACCGUUAGUGCAGGAAAUAUCUUUCCAUAAUUUAGCUGGUGUCYGAUGUGGAAUGGAAACAGGUAAAAAUAAACAGAAUUUACUCUUUACCUGUAUUGCAGCAGUAAUAUACCAACAAAGGUUGCUUGUGUAGGUUUAUGGCUUGGUUUCAAAGCUCCAUUCCUGGCAGCAUGUUGAUAGUGUGAUUAAGGUUAGUAGAGGAGAUGGAAUAAGUAUUUGAGAUUUCUUUCAAUAACACUGAAUUCCUGCCAAGCUGCUCUGCCUGCUACUGUAGACCCAACAGCUUCAUCAAUCAUCACCAUGUAUCUGGACUGAAAAGAGGACUUGCCAACCUGGGGCAUGCUGGAAUGUUGUUAAUUCUCUGUUCUGAAUGGAAAAAAACAUAGAUGUCUCAAAAAUAUCCCACACAUGAAAAAUAGGAAAGUCUCUUUUAAAACAACUCCUAUCUGGAUAGAGGGUGAAUUCUGUAAGACUUCUCAGCUUAUGUACCCAUGAUGAAUGUUGUAACUAAGCUCAGACUUUUCAUUUCAGAAGAAGUUAGUUCUUGCCUGUCUUUAGAACUGGGUAUGUAAUAGUUUUGUUUGGAGCACAGAUUGGAAGUGGCUCCUCUCUUACCAGAUUACUUGAUGCAUAUGUGCUCAAAGCCCAAAUAUCUUUGUAACAAAAUGCAUUUAACUGCAUACAGAAUUAAUUUUUAUUUUUGCACUGACAAUUUUUAUUAAGAUUUAGAUAUCUAAUUAACUGUGCACUGGAGCUGUAGAUUUUAGUGUUUCAUCAAUUUGAGGGCUCAUAAGCAAUGAUGCAAGUGUUACAAGUUGGAUAGUCACUGGAAAAUAAAGUGGUAUUUCCAAAACCUGGRA